AUGUCCGUGGAUGCGGAAAUCACCAAAAUCAAUGAGGGGAUAGCGCAAGUACAUUUGGCAUUGUAUAAAUUCAAUAAUCAGCUAGAUGGCAUAUUGCAAGGCCUAAAUGAUAAUUUGAAUGACUUUGAUGCUGGGGUCAAUAAUGCAGUUGGAGCAGUAAAUGGUGUGAGCCAUGACGUCAUCAAUAUUUUCACUUAUGUAGGGCAUUUUACUUGGAUUUUGAUCGACAUUUUAUUCUACUUUAUUAUCUUUUACUGA